AUGUCUUCUCUAUACAGAGCAUCAAAAGCCCUCAAAUUAUGCAGGGCAACACCCAUUUCUUUUUCUAAGAAUAAUUCCACCGGCAGAUUAAGUUCAAAGUCCCAUUUGGAUUCUAUAUUGGGGUGGACUCAAAGUGAGUUUUUCGCCACGCAUUCUAGCCACUAUGCUAAGCCAAGCAUAGACUUGUGUCAGUACUCCUCUGAUAAAAUCCGAAACUUUUCCAUUAUUGCCCAUGUUGAUCACGGCAAGUCGACACUGGCCGACCGGCUUUUGGAGCUCACUGGAACCAUCAGAAAAGGCCACGGGCAACCCCAGUACCUCGACAAAUUGCAGGUAGAGCGAGAGCGAGGAAUAACUGUCAAGGCUCAGACAGCAACUAUGUUUCAUAAGCACAACUUCCUUGGCACUGACACAGAAUUUUUAAUGAACCUGAUUGACACUCCUGGGCAUGUGGAUUUCAGCUAUGAAGUGUCAAGGUCUUUGGCAGCUUGCCAGGGUGCCCUUCUUGUUGUUGAUGCAGCUCAAGGCGUCCAGGCACAAACCGUUGCUAACUUUUAUCUUGCUUUUGAGUCAAACCUCACAAUAAUUCCUGUUAUAAACAAAAUUGAUCAGCCAACAGCUGAUCCAGAUCGUAUUAAAGCGCAGCUGAAGUCUAUGUUUGAUCUUGAUCCAAGUGAAGCUCUAUUAACAUCUGCCAAAACAGGUCAAGGUCUGGAGCAGGUCCUUCCCGCUGUAAUAGAGCGAAUACCUCCUCCUCCUGGGAAGAGUAAUUCACCAUUACGUAUGCUUUUGUUAGAUUCGUAUUAUGAUGAAUACAAAGGAGUUAUCUGCCAUGUAGCAGUUGUUGACGGUGCUCUGCAAAAGGGUGAAAAGAUUUCAUCUGCUGCAACUGGCCAGUCCUACGAAGUUUUGGACGUUGGUAUCAUGCACCCUGAACUCAUCCCUACUGGGGUGCUUCUAACAGGGCAAGUGGGAUAUAUUGUCAGUGGCAUGCGUUCAACUAAAGAGGCCCGUGUUGGUGAUACUCUUUUCCAUACUCGAAGCACUGUAGAGCCCCUUCCAGGUUUCAAGCCAGCAAAACAUAUGGUAUUCUCUGGUCUAUAUCCAGCUGAUGGAUCUGAUUUUGAAGCGCUUAAUCACGCCAUUGAGAGACUCACUUGCAAUGAUGCAAGUGUCUCUGUUACCAAAGAGAGUAGUUCAGCACUUGGCUUAGGAUUCAGGUGUGGUUUCUUAGGCUUACUCCACAUGGAUGUUUUUCAUCAGCGGCUUGAGCAGGAACACGGAGCUCAUGUGAUUUCCACUGUUCCUACUGUGCCAUAUAUUUUUGAGUAUGCAGAUGGGAGCAAAAAGCAUAUUCACAAUCCUGCUACAUUGCCAUCAAAUCCUAAACAGCGUGUGACAGCUUGUUGGGAGCCUACAGUAAUGGCAACAAUUAUAAUUCCUAGUGAGUAUGUGGGCUCUGUUAUAACUCUUUGUUCCGAACGACGAGGGGAGCAGUUGGAACACUCGUUUAUUGACAGUCAAAGGGCUUUCAUGAAGUAUCGAUUACCUCUGAGGGAAAUCGUUGUUGACUUUUACAAUGAAUUAAAGAGUAUAACUUCAGGAUAUGCAUCAUUUGAUUACGAGGAUGCAGACUAUCAGGCCUCCGACUUGGUGAAACUCGAUAUCCUCUUAAAUGGACAACCGGUGGAUGCAAUGGCAACUAUUGUUCAUAGACUGAAGGCACAACGUGUUGGCCGUGAACUUGUGGAGAAGCUGAAGAAAUUCAUAGACAGGCAAAUGUUUGAGAUAACCAUACAAGCUGCUAUUGGAUCAAAGGUUAUUGCCAGGGAAACGGUUUCUGCUAUGAGGAAAAAUGUGCUUGCAAAAUGUUACGGUGGUGAUGUAUCUAGGAAGAGGAAGUUGUUGGAAAAGCAGAAAGAAGGAAAGAAGCGCAUGAAACGAAUUGGCUCUGUUGAUAUACCCCAAGAGGCUUUUCAUGAGCUGCUAAAGGUUUCGUGA